AUGCUUUGGAAACCUUCUGCUGAUUCAAUGGAGAAGAGUGUCAUGUUUGCCUUUUCAUUGUUUGCCAGAGAGGAAUUGAAUAAGCAAGGCAAUUGUUCAUAUGAAUUUACUAAAAUGGAGAUGCAAGAUGAUCCAGUUAAAUAUCAUCAAAAGUUCUUUGAGUGGACUGUUAAGGAUGAUCGUUUCUGGGGUUUAUUGUGGCAAUUCUUAAAGAUUAAAUCCUUUAAAAACUAUUCUCAAGUAAUUUCAAGACCAAAGAAGAUUUCUGAUGAGGAAAGAAAAAAGCAAACUGAAGAGGAAAUGCUUGCAAGUUUGACUACAACUCAUCCUCAUAUGGGAAGUCGUUUCUUUGUGGGAGCUAAGGUCAAUUAUGCUCAAAAUUUACUUCACAAAUGCUUGGAUCCUCAAUAUGUGAAUAGAGUUGCACUCUUGGCCAUUGGUGAGAAUGGUAUUAAGGGUGUUACGGUUCCGAGAGUGGAAAUGACCUAUGGAGAAUUGUGGAAUCGGGUGGCCAAGAUGGCUCACUACUUGAGAAAUGAGCUGGGGGUUAAAAAGAUGGAUCGUGUUGUAUCAAUCAUGUCAAAUUGCUCUGAAUCCAUUGUUGCCUUAUUGGCUGUGACUAGUAUUGGAGCUGUCUGGAGUAGUGUAAGUCCAGAUUUGGGAAAGAAGAUUGUUUUUGCAAGAUUUCAACAUAUUGAACCAGUUGUCCUCUUUACAACUGAAUAUUACACAUUCAAUGGCAAGUUAUUCUCCACCAAUGAAACUUGUAAAUACCUCAUGCACCAUGUUCCAACUCUUCGUGCUGUUAUCAAGGUCAAAACUCUCGAAUACGAUGAAAAGUUCUUCCCUCAAUUCUCUAGAAAUACCUGUCUUAAGGAAAUCAUGUCCAAUGAAGAUUGUGUGAAUAAGCUCACUCAACAUUCUCGUAUCAAAUAUGUCGAUUAUCAUAGUGAUGUUGUGAAUGGUGGAUUUUUGAGAAAUUUAUCACCAACUCUCUGUAAUGAAAAGGAUAUUCAAUUUGAACCUGUGGAUGUGGAUCAUCCAGUUUGGAUCAUGUACACAAGUGGAAGUACAGGAGCUCCAAAAUGUAUUUGUCAAGGAUUUGGUGUAUUGAUUAAUCAUAUUAAGGAAACUCAUUUGCAUUGCGAUGUUAAGGAUUCUGAUACUUCAUUUGUAUAUACUAAUUGUGGAUGGAUGAUGUGGAAUUGGUGUGUCUCAAUGUUAUAUACUGGUUGUAAGAAUGUGCUAUAUGAUGGAAGUCCUCUCUUCCCUAAUGCUUUGGCCAUGUGGAAAUUAAUUGAAACUGAAAAGAUUACCUUCUUUGGAACUAGUUCAAGAUAUUUAUCUUUCAUGGUUACUAACAAGAUUGAUUUGGUUCACAAGACAAAAUUGGAUAUUUCUCAUCUUCGUUUAAUUACAACCACUGGUUCACCAUUGGCUCCAUCCACUGCAGUCUACCUCUACAAGUACAUGAUUCCACAUGUUCACUUGAGCUCUAUCAGUGGUGGUACCGAUUUGAAUGGUUGUUUUGCAUUGGGUUCUCCAUUCUUACCAGUCUAUCCAGGUGAAUUGCAAUGUGCAGGUCUAGGUCUCGAUGUUCAAGUUUGGAAUGAUGCUGGAGAACGUAUCUUUGGAGAUAAUGGUGAAUUGGUUUGUCUGAAUCCAUUCCCAUCCUAUCCACUCUUUUUCUGGGGAGAAAAGAAUCAGAAACGUUACUUUGAAAGUUACUUUACAACAUUUGAUGGAAUUUGGGCUCAAGGAGAUUUGAGUGAACAAACUCCUCGUUUUGGAUUCUAUGUGAAGGGAAGAAGUGAUAGUACCCUUAAUCCAGGAGGAGUCAGAAUUGGAACUGGUGAUUACUAUGAUGUCUUGCAACAUGUUAAGGAAGUGGUUGAUUCAAUUGUCGUAGGUCAAAGACAAAAGGAUGGUAACGAGCAAGUCGUUCUCUUUGUUCAAUUAGCUCCAAACUUGGAAUUGAACGAACAACUUGUUGAUAAGAUUCAUGACACUAUCAAGACUCAUUUAUCAUCUAGACAUCGUCCAUCUGUCAUUGCCCAAGUGAAUGGUGUUCCAGUAAAUGUGAAUGGCAAAAAGAUGGAAAAGUUUGUCAAGAAAUUGACCAAUCAAGAUCCAGUCCAACCAUCAGAAAUCAGCUCUCUCAAAAAUCCAGAAUGUGUCUCUGCAUUCUUACCAGUCAAUUGGAAGACUGGAUCAAGAGUUUCCAAAUUAUAA